GCCCCCUCGCGCGCGCGCCCGGGAAAACGUUGCGCAGGUUCUAAAGCGGCGGCGGGGGCGCGGCCGCGCGCGAGGGGGCGUGUGAGGGGGAGCGGCGGGGAACGGCCGCCACCGGCACAGCCUCGGCCCGCCGCCGCCGGCCCGCCCGCCCGCCCGCCGCAUGGAGCUGUCGGCCAUCGGUGAGCAGGUGUUCGCCGUGGAAAGCAUCCGCAAGAAGCGCGUGCGGAAGGGUAAAGUAGAAUACUUGGUGAAGUGGAAAGGAUGGCCCCCAAAAUACAGCACAUGGGAGCCAGAGGAUCAUAUCUUGGAUCCUCGCCUGGUAGUGGCUUAUGAAGAAAAGGAAGAAAGAGACCGUGCAUCAGGGUACAGGAAAAGAGGCCCCAAACCAAAGCGCCUCCUACUGCAGCGGCUGUAUGGCAUGGACUUGAGGAGUGCUCACAAGGGAAAGGAGAAGCUCUGCUUCUCUCUUGCACGGAGGUUUGGAGGAGGAGACAGUAGCCUGCCAGGGGCCAAGACAGGGCAGACAGAGUUCCCCGAGAAGACUGGGGGUGCAGUCCUGCCAUUCUCUCUCCGGAAGCAACGCAAAAACCAGAAGUACCUACGACUGUCAAGGAAGAAGUUCCCGCGCAUGGCGAGUCUGGAGAACCGAAACUGCAGGCGUGAGUUCUUCCUGAAUGAUGCAGUGGGCCUAGAGGCCAGGCAGAGCCCCGAGGACUGGGAGGCCAUGCAGCACACCAGCAAAGAAGAUGUGGAUGCCAGUCUCCCUUGGAUCCCCACUGUGCCCCCCAGUGAAGUGACAGUGACAGACAUCACGGCAAACUCCAUCACCGUCACUUUCAGAGAAGCACAAGUGGCUGAGGGCUUCUUUCGAGACCGGAGUGCGCAGUUCUGAAUCUCUGUUUGCAGUGCUCCCCAAAACCAGUGCUUUUAGGGUGGGGCUAGGGAAGGCUUACAUUAUCCCUUAUGAGAAAAAAAAAAUUCAAAAUAUCUCCUCUUAAAAUGUUUACAGAGACCCUUUUUUUUCCCCCUACUUUUUCCCCUUUCAGAUACGCAAAAAAAAGGCAGUGUAGGGGGUGUGUAUUUGUCAUUGCUUUGUCCAGCUGAAAAACUGACAGCCCUUUCCCUGGCAAAGACUCCCCUCCUUGAUGUGACAGCAGCAAGCUGAACAAUUCGCCUUUUAUCCUGCUAAGUGGCGGCAGCUGCAUUUGUGGGGAGAGGGCAUGUGGAGGUGGAAAGAGAGCUGGAUCUCUAGCCUGCUGCCUUGUUCUGCAAUUGAUAUCCCUUAGAUAAAGAUACAUCUCUGUACAUUGCUCUUCCCACCUUCCUCCUCCCUCUCUUCCUGCAGCAGUGAGAGGCGAUGGAUCCUACCUGUGUAGAUAACUCCAGCCUGUUAAGACUUUCUCUGCAGUGCUGUUUUCCCUGUGGCCUGCUGUCAGGACUUCAGAAGAGUAUUUGCCUGUCUGUGAGAAAGUGUGAGCUUCUGGGUGUCAAACCACUGGAUUCUACACACAAAGGUGGUCAAGAUAGGAAGGCUUAUAAAACAGCCCAAGACAAUUGGAAGGAGAGAGAAGCAAUCACUUUAAAAUGGAAUUCAGACCCUUCAAAUCCUUUCCUGUAACUAGCAUUUGCUGUAGAGAUGACCCCUUUAUCUCUUCCACCUCUUUCUCUUUCCCCCUUAACUUCUUGAAGUGCAGAGAGCAUGCAGGAGAUGAUCCCUAAUUAACCGGGAAUCGUUGAGGUGUAGGGCUCCAUGGGAGCAUUUGGGGCUGCUGUGGAUUGCUACAAAGCUGGGAUGGGGUAGAAUUCCUAAGAACUGGAACCUCCAUCACAGCUUAUCUCAUUACUGGGGUAUCAAAGUUUUGGCUGGGAGGGGAAUUUUGGAGGAGGAGGAGGUGGAAAACCUUUUUUUAUUAUUAUUGUUGGUUUUUAACCAGAAAAUGUGGUGUCAGCACAAAGAAGCUUUUUGCAAAUCUGUCAAAAUGUUAAGUAGCUUUUUUUUUUUGCUUUUAAAUCUGAAGUAUGUUUUGAAGCACUUUGGAAAUGCAAAGCACUAGGAGUGCUAAGUACUCCUUAUCGUCUGUCUAAAAGUGGCAUUUGAAAAGCAAAAGAUGUAUCUGUUUCAGGCUGCUGGCUGCUCCUUCUCAUUUUUCCAGAGCUGCCACCCAGCCCUUUGCCUCCCUCCCAUGGGGGAGAGUGUACUCCACCAUGCCAGGAGCAGAGGUUCCCUAAGGGAGAAGAGGAGACCUGCUUGCCUUUGGGGUACAGGUUGGCUUCCUCUCUCCCCACCUCCUUUGAUUGAGGAAAGGGAAAAAUGAAGUUGAGUUUCAGUUUGAGUGGUCCUAGUCUGGAACUAUGACUGUUUCUUCCAGCUCUGGAGACAUCUUUAUAGAGUUUCCUGUCUGAAAAAUUGCACCUUAUUAGCUUAAUUGAGGAAUGAGGAGAUGUCUGCCCUUCUGCAGGGAGAGAGGAAGAGGAAGGGAGGGUGAACCGGGAGCUGUCUUCAGUAGCUGCUGGAUUUUUCCAGAGGUCGUAGUUUCCUCACCUCAUCUCCAACAGAACAGCAACAAAAGAACUAAAAUAAUUUAGAUGAAGCUUUUGUUCUGUGUAUCUCAAGAACCUUUUGAGCAGGCUAAUGGCAGAGAAUCCUUUUCCCUCACCUAGUCAGCUCUACAGUGUGGGGGUCAACACCCCAGUUCUCUUGCUGAGUUUUCAGCAGCAACCUUUUCCCUCAGCGUACGCACAUCUAGAAUGCUUUUGCACACUGAUUCACCUAAUAUGGUGUGCUUCCUUUCUGUUGCAGGGGGAAGAUGGGGAACAGUGGGGUCAGUUAGAGGGGAGGGUCCCUGAUUAUUUUUUUUCCUGUCCCUUCUGUUGUUGCUGUUGUUCCCGUCAGCACGCUAGAGUAUUGGAGUCUUUGCACACAGAAAGCUUCCUUUUGCACAGAAUGAGCUUCUAGCUUUUGUACAGACUAAUUGAAUGUAUUUGGGGAUGGGGGGAAAUAGGGAGUAAACCAAUUCCAAACAAACCAAUCAGAGUAUAAUGCCUUUUCUGAGCGAGUAUGUGCUGUAAAAGGAGAUUGUAAUAGCAAAGAGAGGGCAGGCUCAAGUAUAAUUUGACACAAAGUGUGGUUUUAUUUUUGUACUGAUAUGGAUAAGAGACUGUACAGCAUCUAUUUAUUUAGAUGAUUUAUGUGGUAAAUGUUGCAAACAAAAUUAUUAAAAUAUUAAAUAUGAGAACUGACAUUUA